GUGGACGUCUUUCAGGGCACGCAAGAGAGAGAGGAGGGAGGAGAAAGAGAGGGUGAGAUAAGACAAUAAGGCAGGUAGAGAGAGUGUUCGGAUGAGAUUGCAUCAGGCUGUCCCAACAAGAGGAGGAAACUGAAGAUUACCCUUCGUGUAACAGCCAAGAGAGAAGACUUGUGCAAACAAACAACAAUAGAAGGAACAGAAGAAUAUCGAAGUAAUCCAACUGGAGUUAUAAAAGUUGUAAAAUGUCUCUAGUGGGCGCCUUGCCUUUCCUGAAACCGCGCCUCUCCCCUUCUGUUUCUCCUGGGCGCCAAAGAAGACACACACUGCCAGCAAGCGAGUUCCGACCGCUCAACACGCAAGAUGCCAUCAGCGUGUUCGAAAUCGAGAAAGAGGCCUUUAUAUCUGUGUCAGGAGACUGCCCGCUCCAUCUUGAUGAGGUGCGUCAUUUCCUCACGCUGUGUCCAGAGCUGUCCAUGGGCUGGUUUGAGGAGGGGAGACUAGUAGCCUUCAUCAUUGGGUCCCAAUGGGACCAGGACAGACUCACCCUAGACGCCCUAACUCUUCACAAGCCCAAAGGUUCCACAGUUCAUAUCCAUGUGCUGGCGGUCCACCGGACCUUCCGGCAGCAGGGCAAGGGCCCUAUCCUGAUGUGGCGCUACCUGCAGUACCUACGCUGCCUGCCCUAUGUGCGCCGUGCAGUGCUCAUGUGCGAGGACUUCCUGGUUCCCUUCUACCAGAAGUCUGGCUUCAAGGUGCAGGGCCGCUGUUCCAUCACGGUGGCAUCACUGACCUUCACAGAGAUGCAGUACCCUGUGAGGGGCCAUGCACUGAUGCGGCGCAACAGUGAAGCUAUUGGUUUUCCUCAGACUGUGUUAUUAUUGGAGGAACCGAUUCAGAGGAGUGAGUCUGCAUUGUUAUUGGAGGAACAGACUCAGAGGACUGAGCCUGAGCCUGCUGAUGUGUAAAUCUUUUUUUACUCAGUAAGAUAUUAGAUUCCUGUUGUACAUAUCAACUAUGAUGUAAAAUAAAGUGAUGUAAACAUUUACAUUUAUAUCUAAGAUGGUAGUCUAAAGUGCACACCAUACACGCAUGAGCAUGACCAUGAGUCUUUAAGCUUUAUUACAAUGUUUUAAUUUAACGUUAUUUAAUAUGUGAAUAUUUCAAUGUUAACUAGCUACAUGCUAAUGAAUGUUAGAACAUAUAUUGUGUGACUUUUGUCUGUGUGAGAUUAUAUUUUUACUGCAAAUGUUCCCAUUUUAUUUAUUGGAAGUUUUGUCUGAAGGUUUGGGUUGCAAGCCCCCUCCUCUCUGACGGUAUAUGGACUGACGUCACUGACUACCAGGCUUUAGCAGCUCAACCGUGCCUCUUUAUCUCUAUUAGUGGGCAUUAGGUAUACUGUAAACAUCUGAGGAUUUACAAGAGGAUCCUUUCAUUGGACUGCCAGUAGAUCUAGUGACUUAACAAGCCUGUUUUCAUACGAUGAGAAAAGUAGGCUACAUCCACACCAAUUUGGAUUCAUUUGUUACUGAAACUGUUUGUCUAUUCAUUUCCCUUUGGGUCACAUGUGCAGAGCGUUAAUCAAACCAUGUAAUAUCUUCUCUUACUCCACCAGAACCUGUCUUACCCUUGAAACCAAUCAUAUCUUUAAUAAAUAUGUUUUUGUACUGUUUUUGUUAUUCAAAAAUAUAAUAAAGAUGA